GAGCUAGUAUAUGUUGUCAUGGUUGGUACACGUAUUCUCCCUCAAAUACAUCUCUUACUCAAAUCCUUCACAAUAAUUUUGUCAAAAAAAUAAAAAAACCAACCUUUGCAAUUUGCAACUUUCGUUGUCUUGUCUCUCUCUCUCUCUCUGUCUGUUUUCAUACCAGUUGCGAAACAGACUCUUUGCCAUCCUUUUUUUAUCUUUAAUUUUCAUGGCAACAAUUAUUUCCUUCCAAUUUUAUCUAUUUCCUCAAAGUCACUUUCUUUCUUAUUACACUUGGAUGGAUUAAAUUUAAGCUCUACCUUGUUUGGAUGAUGAGAAAAUUCAGCAAAAACCCUUUUUUCUAGCUUUCUUCAUUUUCUUGUAGCUUCUGCUGUUUAUUAAUUUCAUUUUUCACUUUAAUUCACUGAACCCAGAUGCAAAAAUUCAAUCUUUUUCCUCAACACUUGAUGAUGACACUGAAUUGAAGUAGUGAGAGAGAGUGAGAAAGAGAGAGAGAGAGAAGAAAAAAUGGCUUAUGCACAAGGGUUUACUCCAACAUUGAAAUUGAGUUUUGUAUUUUCAUCUCAAAUUUCACCAAAACAAAGAUACCCUUUGGUUUUCCCUUCAUCAAAGUGUGAUUUUUCACUCAAAUUCAAUGAUGGGUCAUUCAAAUUCCAAAACCCAUUAUUUGUAUCUACAAAACCAAUUUCAAUUAAGAGUGCAAAAUCUGUGGAGCUUGACCAGUUUGUAACUAGUGAUGAUGAAGAGGAAGAAGAAAUGGGUGAUGGAUUCUUAGAAGCAAUUGAAGAGCUUGAGAGAAUGACAAGGGAACCUUCUGAUGUUCUUGAAGAGAUGAAUGAUCGUCUCUCAGCUAGAGAACUUCAACUUGUGUUGGUUUAUUUUUCUCAAGAUGGAAGAGAUUCAUGGUGUGCUUUGGAGGUUUUUGAUUGGUUAAGAAAAGAGAAUAGAGUUGAUAAGGAAACUAUGGAGUUGAUGGUUGCUAUUAUGUGUGGUUGGGUGAAGAAGUUGAUUCAAGAACAACAUGGUGUUGGUGAUGUUGUUGACCUUCUUGUUGAUAUGGAUUGUGUUGGUUUGAGACCUGGUUUUAGUAUGAUUGAGAAGGUUAUUUCUUUGUAUUGGGAUAUGGGAGAGAAGGAAGGUGCUGGUUUGUUUGUGGAAGAGGUUUUGCGGCGGGGGAUUUCUUGUAAUGACGAUGAUCCUGACGGGCAUAAAGGAGGUCCGACGGGGUAUCUUGCUUGGAAGAUGAUGACUGAAGGUGAUUACCGAGGCGCUGUUAGAUUGGUAAUUCAAUUUAGAGAAGCUGGCCUGAAACCAGAGAUCUACAGUUACCUUGUUGCAAUGACUGCUGUGGUUAAGGAACUCAACGAGUUCGCCAAAGCUCUACGAAAGCUUAAAACUUAUGCAAGGGCCGGGUUGAUAACCGAAUUCGACCGAGAAGAUGUUGAUCUGGCAGAGAACUACCAAUCAGAACUUCUAGCCGACGGAGCACUGUUAUCCAAAUGGGUGAUUCAAGACAGCACCCCUUCAUCGCUUCACGGAGUUAUUCAUGAGAGGCUCCUUGCUAUGUACAUUUGCGCUGGCCGUGGAAUCGAGGCCGAGAAACAAUUAUGGGAAAUGAAGCUUGUUGGUAAAGAAGCCGACGGAGGUCUUUACGACAUUGUAUUAGCCAUUUGUGCUUCUCAAAAAGAGUCUGCGGCAACGGCAAGGCUGAUGAUGCGGAUGGAAGUUGCGAGCUCACCGCAGAAGAAGAAAAGUUUGUCGUGGUUGUUACGAGGUUAUAUUAAAGGUGGUCAUUUUAAUGAAGCGGCAGAAACUGUGAUGAAAAUGCUUGAGUUAGGAUUCUCUCCUGAAUAUUUGGAUAGAGUUGCUGUUUUGCAAGGUUUAAGGAAAAAGAUUCAACAUCAUGGAAAUUUAGAUACUUAUAUGAAGCUUUGUAAGUCCCUUUCUGAAGCAAAUUUGAUAGGACCAUGUCUUGUGUAUUUGUAUAAUAGAAAAUAUAAGCUUUGGGUUGUGAAAAUGGUUUAAGAAAUUGUAGUUGAAAAAAUGUUGCCAAUUUUUAAACCUAUGGUUUUGGAGGCAUAGCUGUGUAUUGUUUACUUGUAUAAAUUUGUAUAGUUUUAAUGUCAAAUGGAUAAAUUAUAGUUCUAGUGGUAGAGCAAUGUUAUAAUGAGUAUGUAUAAUAAAUAAUUCGGAUCUUCUACACUGCACUCUCAUGUAAUAAUAUUAUUGGAUAGAUUAUGAUGUGA